UUUGUCCCUGAGGUCGACCUUUACAGAGGCGGGGUGGGAUGAAGGCUGUUGGUAGUGAGCGGCUAAGGCCGUUUCUUGUCGUCAGCCUCUCAUUUAUUUUAUUUGCAUCAUUGCUUGUAUAUAUCACUCGCCGGUUACCCUCAAUUCCAGAGGAACAUCGAGGACACUUUAAAUUUCCUCACAAUGUUGACGAGUUAAAAAAUAUUGGUCUAGUCCUGUCAGAAUACCAAGACAAUUAUUACUGGCAAAUAUUAAUUCUGAUAAGCACCGUUUUCAUAUUGUAUCCUUUUAGUUCUACUUGUGUGUAAUGCCGAUGCUAAUCGGUUCAAUAAUUUUUUUUCUCAGGAAAACGAUAACAUCCUUAACACGUAAGGUUAUCCGCCAGUUCUUAAUAGCAAGAAGCUUGUCAGUUUUAUUUUGCUGUCAUGUGCCGGACGUCAGUCAUAUUUUUGAGUUUUCAAAUACAUCAGGAUUUUCUCUGCUACUGAAUAUGUGAGUUCUGUUAUUCGGCAGACCAUCGUGAUUGGUAUGACAGACAGGUAUUUCUGUCUGGUACUUUUUAGUGCAACUCACAGUGAUUUGAGGACCAUUCGAAUUCAAACCUAGACGAUGUAAAAACCCUUAAGAAUCAGUUUAUCUCCAUGAAGUCUGCGUCCGUCUGUUCCUGUUUCUGAGGGUCGUUUUUUGUUGCGAAUAACGCGGACAUAUAUUUUAGUUACUUAGAGUUUGUGCGCAUCAUGUAGCAGCAUGUCUCCGUAGUACAAGCAAGGGUUACUCAGGUGCUUCUGUUAAGUGUCAUCUUCAGAUUGUCUUCCUAUUUCAUUGGUCUUAUGGGUCCUAACAACAACUGCUAGUAAUAGCUUGUUAAAUAAUGACUUGACGUGUUCUAGAUCUUACUCAAACCUUUUCCUUGGACUCGACAGUCAAUGGCGAAUUGUGAAUUACAUAAGGUAAACAUUUUGUGACCCACCAAGUCCUUAUCUUAUCGUUGGACAUUUCUAGUUCAUUUUUCUGCAUCUCCGCAACCGCUUCCAUAUAGAUAGAUGUUGUGGAACAAAACAUUUUGUGCAGCUGUCACCGCUGUUGCUUGCUACUCUUCAUAGAUUAGUUUUCUACAACAAUUACUUUUCCUGAUCCUCCUUUGAUUAAACUUCGAAAUUUAAAAAACAGACAUAGUGAUGUGCAAUCAAUCCAGGACACUAUAAAGUUUGUUUUUGCAGAAAUCAAACAAAAAUACAGGAACGGUCAUUAAUGCGGCGAAACCAUCAACAGAUGCUUCCCAGCUCCGCUAACUAGAGAGAGAAGUCCAAGUUCGAAACAUCCUCAACAGUAAACAGACUUUAAAUUCUGACUUGUUAAACACCCCAGUUUCCAGUUUCUAGGAAUCAUAUUUACUCCAUAUAUUUGGAAAACUAAGUGUGUAGAUGUUGCCUCGUGUAUAUUGUUAAGUUUCUAAGUAUCAGGGUUUGUGGCUGGUAUCAGAUUACUUGGGGUUUUAUUUUACCGUUUUUUGAUCUUUAUCGUUCUUAUUACGUGCACAUAACCGUAUUAUGUAAUCUCAUUACGUAUAGAUGACGAUAACCAGUUAUCGUUUUCGAGUUUACUCAACGAUUCGAAUUUAGUGGUUUAGACAAAUGCCUUGAGUAUUUUAUUCUGAGUUUGAAAUAUACUGAACUUUAGAUGGUUGGGGUUUAUGCUAACUUGGAAUAAGUAGUUAGGAAUAGCGCUUGUGCUCAUGUAAUCACAUUCUGAUUACGAAACGUGUAUAAAGAGCCUCACUUGUGCUGUUAAAGUUGGAGAUCCCUUUCUGUCAAACAUGCUAAUGUGUCAUUACUUGGUGUUGUAGACACCUGUUUCGUAAGGUUAAUUUAGUUGUUCAAUCCAGAUGUUUCUUCCAUUUCUACUGUACUAAGAUAAUAUUUCGUUCAAAAUGUUAGUCUGUCAACGUAGUGGCUUUCUUGGGGCUCUAGUCGCUUCGUUUCACGGCCGAUGUAUUAUUGCUUAACUUAUGUAUCCUGAUGAAACUUUUUAAAUUGUUUCUUAACUGAAACAUAGCCUUCAGUCAUUCAUGAUACCAGGUUCGGUCGUGUGUGUGGUUCUACUGGGAUAUCUGUUCCCUUUCCCAGUCGCUGUCAUUAUUGUAGCUUUGUGUUCGGCGAUUGGGGCGUCACUGUGCUAUCUUCUCGUUGGCUUUAUCGGUUCCAAAGUACUGAUGUAUUUCAUCCCUGAAAAAAUUGAAUUAUGUCGUCAAGUAGUAAGUUCGGAUCAUCCAUCUUUUAGUAUGUUUCAGAUUCAACGGUAUCGACAUGCAAUGUUUUUUUGUAUAUGCUGUUUGCGAAUCUGUCCUUUCAUCCCAAAUUGGCUUGUGAAUAUUUCUUCUCCAAUAAUCGAUAUCCCACUGGUUCAUUUUUUCUUUGGAACAUUUGUAGGUAAGCUUUUUACACUAUUAUGUCGGUAAACUUAUGCGGCUGUUAAAUUAUUCCAACACUUAUACCGGUGUUUAAAAAGACCUCUCAUAAGUGAUCUGAACUAUCUUAUUAAAAAGUAAGAAAAUCAAAAUCUAUGGGAUCACUGGUUGUCCCCAGCCGACCAUCUCUGUUUGGAGUCAACACGACAAGCCCAUUUUCGCUGAUUUGAUCUGCAUAUUUUUUCUGCUUUAGUGGUGUAUAACUAAAAUUUCUUGUAAGCUCAUAUAAUUUGUAUAAUUAUUAUCAUUGGUCCAUACACUCAGUUUCCAACUGAAUAAUUAAGUUUGGACCUUUGACUUUGAUAGUGAGACUGAGAAACCAGAUAAUCGUCACAGUAGGUUUUUAAGUGAUUUAGUGAAUAAACCUGUAAUCGGCCAUAUAGUUACAAGUUGAAUAACUUACCCUGUUUUGUGUACGAUUUUUCCAAAUUGCAAAUAGAUCUCACUUAUAUUUUGUAUGGAGUACUUCAUCGAUAUUUCAGCAUUCCUAUAUUUUUGUUUUCUAGUAUUUAUUUCAACUUCAUGUAACACCACUCUUAUCUUUUAUUUUUCUAUUUUUUUUUACAGGGGUAGUUCCAUUAUCAUUGGUUUUCAUUAAAGCAGGAACUGUGCUUCAAGAACUCACAGAUUUAGGCGUUACUUCUUUAGCUUCAUUUUCAACACUGAUUAUUUUAGCUGGUUUAUCACUUCUACCUUUAGUCUUUCGUAAUCAACUCCGUGAAGCAUUUUUAUAGUCGACUUUAUGUUCUCUCACUCUUGUUAUGUUGAUUGAUUUUGUGUUCAUCACACAUUAACUGUAUUAGCUAAAGUAUCUAGAAGUGACCACAUUGUACAUAUUUUUUGGUGGAUGUUUUAAAAUAUUUCUGAUCUAUUUUAACAGUGUUUAAUUGGAUCCUGUGAUGAUAAAAGCAAUAUUGCGGAAUUCUUCAUCUUUCGAUUCUAUUUCUGUGAUCUACCAACUAUUAACACCACACUUGGUUCUUAUUCACGCUAUUUUUCCUAUUACCUAUUAUCUUUCAGUGAUUGUAUACAGCUUGUUAUCAGAUUGUUUCUUUUGUUAUUUGGGUUUAAAACUCAGUCAUUACAUUUAUGUUCAUGUGCAGUUGAUUAAUUUAUGUUAAUAUUUAUUUGCUGUUACAG